GAUUUUGCCAGCAAGCUUACCAAUCAAUAUUCAAGCGCAGUGGCGUAUGAGAAAACAUACUUGAUAUUGAUGGCAAUGAGGCAGGGGGAGAAGGAGUCAUUGAGGAAGUACGUCGCUCGAUAUAACCAGACGUGUUUGGAAGUGCAUUCGGCUACAGAUGAGGUGCAUGCGGGAGAAUUGAUAAGAAGUCUUCGCGCAGGGCCUUGCCGAACUUCCCUGGCAAAGACCCCUGCUCGAUCGUAUGCGGAGGUCUUGAAGCGUUGCAGGAAGUAUAUUAAUUUGGAGGAAAUGGAGGUAGAGUUCGCAAAGUUGGAAGGGCCGGCUCGACCAGAACCGAAGAAGGAGCAAACCCCACCAAGAGGGAGGUCGCCGAGGAGGAGUUUGCCCAAGAGAAGUGGGUCGAAAAAGACAUCACCAAGGAGGGAAGGUCGGGAUUCGAAGCGGCAGAAGAGAGACGAUAGGUGGCAGGGAAGGCCAUUGUUGCUCGAAAGACAGUG